AUGAGGUCAAGAAGAACGACAAAACCUACAAGCAGAACAACGCAAUACCACGAUAAACGUCACAGAGUGAAAACACAUACAUCCAAGUGCGGUGAUGCCGUUUUGAUAAAGAGAGAGAAGAAAAGAAAGAAGCAUACACCGUACGAGCCGUACAUAUACGUUGUGACAAGCAUAAAAGGAUCAACCAUCCGUGCGAGACGUGUAAUGGAUGGAAAAGUUAAGUGCAGAGAUGCAUCGAAGGUUAAACCACUUAGAACAGCUCAAUUGUCAAAAGCCAACGAUGAAACGGCGAGUGUAAAAGUACCAAGCAGCUAUCAAGCCACAACAUCCAGGACGACAUUUCAGGACACAGACAGCAGCAACAUCCGGGACACAACAAGUGAGACUAUAGCCACCACAAGUGAGACAACAACCACAACAAGUGAGAACAAUUUAUGA